GUGAAUGAGAUUGAAGAAGAGUUCUUGUUUUGUAUCUCAGUUUCUCUCUUUUUGGACAAAUUGAAUUUAAACAAAUACUACGGAGAUCUCAGACUAAUCAAUGGAGGAUAUUUGAAUAUUCACAUCAAUUGUAUCGGUGAUUCGGUAGAGUAUUGGGUUGUUUGUAAAUAUUUCAUUAAUAUCUGAGGAGAGGACUGCUGCUGUUCAUGUGAGUGAAGGCGGCUCUUUUAAUGCUUCAAUUGGAUGGUAUUCAACCUGGAGACGGUGUGAAGGCUGAACGUUCCCCCGGACUGACUGGCACACUGACUGGCUCAAUGAUGGAAUUACAAACAUUACAGGAGGCCUUGAAAGUGGAAAUACAAGUCCAUCAGAAACUGGUCACCCAGAUGAAACAGGACCCACAGAAUGCUGAUCUGAAGAAGCAGCUCCACGAACUUCAGGCUAAGAUCACAGCGCUUAGCGAGAAGCAGAAAAGCGUUGUGGAGCAGCUGAGGAAGGACCUGCUGGUGAAACAGGAGCCAGAGGUGACGGUGCAGGUGCCGGCUGCAGACAAACACGUCCUCCAGAUCCCCUCCUCUGCCACUCUGCUGGCCCUACAGCAGACCACACACACCCAGGCCCUGCAGCAGAAGAUGCUGGCAGUCACCCCAGUCAUCACCACUAAGACUCUACCUCUAGUGCUGAAAGCUGCCACUCCCACCAUGCCUGCCUCUGUCGUGGUGCAGCCCCCCUCCACGGUCACUGCCAUCAGCCACACCUCCAAGCCCGGCGCCAUCAUCUCUGACAACUCCAUCUCCCGAAACACACCAGUCAACCUCCAGGUGGCCAGCAGGUUGAUCAAUCAGGGUUCAGAGUCCGUGCGACUGGUGUCAAAGAAUCCAGUUGUGGUCCGGGCGAAGCCCAACAGCGUGACCAUCGCCCCAGCGCCCCUUCGGCCCAUGAUGACGGCGCUCCAGCUGCUCCAGCGGGGCCCGGUGAUGCUGACCAACAAGCUGAGCCCCUCCUCGCUGCCCUCCAGCGCCGGGCUCAUCCACCAGGUGCGCAUCAUCAAUGGCCAGCCCUGCGCCGCCAAGAGCGGCCAGCCCACAGGCAUGUUGACGGGCAUUGUCAUCACGGCCCCGGCAUCGGUGCAAACACUGCAAAUCAGCGGCCUCGCCUCCGACACCAAGACUGUUAAAGCACGGGGGGGAUUUGGGCAGAAGAUGUUGGUGAGCAGGACCCCUCUGUCUCCAGCACCCAGACUAAAGAGAGAGGACAAUCCUCAGAAGCUUGCCUUCAUGGUGUCCCUCGGACUUGUUACCCAUGACCAUUUGGAAGAAAUUCAGAGGAGGAGGCAGGAGCGUAAGCGAAGAACAACGGCCAAUCCGGUGUACAGUGGAGCUGUGUUUGAGCCUGAGAGGAAGAAGAGUGCAGUGACCUACCUCAACACUCCGCUCCACCAGGGCACCAGGAAGAGAGGUCGCCCUCCCAAAUACAGCAGCGUUCCGAAGCUGGGCAGCCACACCCCGACCUCUCCCUCCAGCUGUCUCACUGCCUCCCCGGCCUCCGAGUGGCCCAACACAGGGGGGAGCUUCCCCUUCCAUGUCCAUCCCCACCACACUCUCCCCCUGCCCAGCCCCAGCUCUGGGGAUGGAGACAUCCAUGAGGAUUUCUGCACUGUGUGCAAACGCAGUGGCCAGUUGCUCAUGUGUGACACAUGCUCCUGUGUCUAUCACCUGGACUGCCUGGACCCACCCCUGAAAACCAUUCCUAAAGGCAUGUGGAUCUGUCCCAAAUGUCAUGAGCAGAUAUUGAAAAAAGAAGAUUCAAUUCAAUGGCCAGGAACAUUGGCUAUUGUUCAUUCCUAUAUCGCCUAUAAAGAAGCUAAAGAAGAGGAGAAACAAAAACUAAUGAAGUGGAGUGCUGAGCUGAAACUGGAGCGAGAACAGUUGGAACAAGGGGUCAAACAACUCAGUAACUCCAUAACGGAAUGCAUGGAGACCAAAAACACCAUCAUGUCUCGGCAGAACGAAAUGCAAGUUUCGUUGGAGAAGGUCAGACACUUGGUCCGCCUCAUUCAGGCUUUCAAUUUCGGUCAAACCGUGGAGACCGAGGGUACAGGUGCCUUCACAGAAGACAUCACAGAAGACAUCGGGGCCAAGGAUGCAUUUGUCCCAGCUGAAAAUGCAGUAGACGCCAUCAACACCCAUGCUGUAGCAGAAGUCCAUAUCCAGUCCGUGGAUGGGGUAAAGGCCGAGGUCACAGCACUGAACAGCACCAAUGUUGAAGCCGGGACGAGGGUUGUUGUAGCUGAUGUUGCCACAGACAAGGUAGCAGGAGUCAGUGCUGAGGCUGCUGUUGACAUCUGCGUUGAGCCUGCUGCCGAGGUCAGCACCGAGACUGCAGUGGGCAGCAGUGUUGAACCUGUUGCUGAGGUCAAUAACGCUGAGGAAGUGACGGAAGCCACCGCAGUAGUCGGUGCAGUGAACUCUACAGUGGCCACAACCAAUGCUACCACUGACCUUGUGUGUACUGACAUGAGCAUGGAUGAGAGCUGUACUAACAACACUAACACCAUACCUGAGAACAAGGUCACCAACACGAACAGCACAGAGGAGGUGAUAGAAGAGGAACAGGAAGAGAACACAAACAUUGACAACAGCAGCACCAACAACAGCAAAACCUCAGAACCUUCCCAGCAAUCUUUGCAAGCUCUUCUCGACAGUUUGGACAAUAAAGACUAACACUCCAUCUCUUGGAUUGAAAACCCCCCCAACAUAAAAAAGAAGACUUUAGCUUUCACUUUUGAAAGGUGACCGAAAUUGCCAAUCUAUAUACAUACUUGAUUCCAAUGUAUAUUCAGACUGUGUAAAUAGUAGAUCUACAGCCCAAGUCUGAUAUUGCUAUUGGAUGCUGUAGGUUAUCAUACCCCAAACAUGGGUGAAAGGGUGGCUUGCCAAUUUAAGGAUAGAAAAGAACAGUAGUAAUGGUAAAAGUAAGAUAAUUUAUAACAUCACACCAGUGCGUGCCUGCAACAGUUCCCCUCGGAACUCUCAUGGGGGUUGUAUCUUAGGUUAUCUUCUGUUCCUGGGGAUGCAGGUUAGAGAUGUCUAAAGACUGCGUGCUGAACAGAGACCGCGUUUCUACGGCAUUAACUGAGAGCAAAGUAAAACCAAAAGAUAAGCAAAAAAGCUGAGGGGGGCAGGGCUUUGAAAAAGUGUCAGUAUUUGUUAACAGUGGGGAAACAUUGAGGUGUUUGAUCGUCGUUAAAAAUCAAAUAGGUAAAACAGGAGAGCCUUCAGUUAUCCCCAAUACCUUCCUCCCCUUUCCCCAUUCUCACUCUUACAUGACCAAUAACUAUGGACCCAUUUACACAAAACCUCAGGCAAAAAAUAAGGAAGUAAAGCAGCAUCCAUGUGCUUUGGAAGUAUGAGGCAAACUGCUUAUAGAGCUGGCUGGUUAGGGCCUUGCUGAGGAAGACCCAGGCAACAAAGACGGUCAUCUCAAGAGAGAGUGGAGUCAGAUCACACAUGGUAUCUUAAAGUUUUAAAAUGGUGUAGAUCCAGUGCAGUAAUUGAGUUAAAUUUGUGAGUCAGUGUCAACUGUGAGCACUAAAUGUGAAAUUGCAAUAAUAUUGCAUUGUCAAAAACAAACACGCAAAAAUAUAUCUGCAGUGUGUUUCUUUUAUAGGAUAAGAUAUUCAUUCAGGUCUUCCUAGUCUUCAAAAGUAAGUGCAUUUCUGUUGCAUAAAACAGUUGUUUGUUAAUAAAUGUUUUUAACUGGCAUAGUUUAUGCAUUUAAUUAUCUUUUAAAAAGAGGUGACCUUUGCAUAUUAUGAAAUGUACGUUUUUGUUUAAUUCUGAACUGCCAAAAUGCUAUUGUAUCCAAAUAUAGCAGGGACAUGUCCACUAACUGUAUGGAAAGAUAAAGUACGAAAUGUAUUAUUCAAUAUCAUCUUGGGAAUUGGCAAUCCCUGGUAAAUAAUUGCUUAUUCAACAAUCUCAUCAAAAUAUCUUUAUUUCCUGGAAACUGAAGGGUUUGUUGUAUCAGUCCAUUUUGGUGAUUAAAGCACAAGCUUGCUGCAUAACAAAUAAGUGCUGAAAAGCUUUUUUGUAUGUUACGUAUGGAACAAAACAGAUUAUGCAUUUUUUUUUUGUCAUGUAAUUUAGUCCCCAAAAAAUAUUUUUGUAUGACCCAACUGAUCUUUGAGAGUGAGUCUUCGGCCUUGUACAGGAGAAAUGUUCCCUCUCUCCUACCGCUGGAACAUGCGUGGAUAACAGAAUUGACCAAUGACCCUAUCCCCAAAAACUCAAUAGAUUUGCGCUUCCUCUGGUAUUUUUUUUGUAAUGCUCCAUCAACAUAAACUCAGCAAAAAAAGAAACGUCCUCUCACUGUCAACUGCGUUUAUUUUCAGCAAACUUAACAUGUGUAAAUAUUUGUAUGAACAUAACAAGAUUCAACAACUGAAGACAUAAACUGCACAAGUUCCACCUACAUAAUGUGUCACUGAACAAAGGGGGUUCAAAAUCUAAAGUAACAGUCAGUACCAGCUGCAUUAAGUACUGCAGUGCAUCUCCUCCUCA